CCGCUCCACCACUGCCCUCUCCUCUCCUGAACGCUGAUGUGUUACUAACUCCAGCUUCUGCUCUGCCAAAAUGUUCAAUUUCGGGUCAAAAUUUUUGCUGCUUUUCCUCCUGGCCUUUCCCUGCGGGUUGAUAUCCAUCGGCCACGUCUCUGCAGACCCUGAUUCUGCUGAGGGUGUUGCUGAGGACACAGACGCUGCAGUUGAUGAGGAAGAAGAUGACGAAGAAGAGGUGCUCGUUGAGGAAGAUCAAAUGCAACCCUCGGAGGGUGAUGAAGAUGAUGCGGAUGAAGGAGCCGAUAAACAACUAACAUCUCACCCUGACGCUGACACCACCAUCAUUUUCAUGACAGGAGAAGAAUUUCCUGCCAAUGAGAUUGUGAGAUUCCUGGUGGGUUUCACCAACAAGGGGAGUCAGGACUUCACCGUUCAGUCACUGGAAGCCUCCUUCCGUUACCCCCAGGAUUUCCAGUUCUACAUUCAGAACUUCACAGCGCUACCUUUGAACACGGUGAUCAAGCCAGAGGCUCAGGCCUCAUUCGAGUACUCCUUCAUCCCUGCUCAGCCUAUGGCAGGUCGUCCAUUUGGGCUUGUCAUCCUCCUCAACUAUCUUGACAAUGAGGGUGGCGUGUUCCAGACUGCUAUCUACAACCAGACUGUCACCAUCACAGAGCGUGAAGAGGGACUGGAUGGAGAAACGAUAUUCAUGUACGUCUUCCUGGUUGGACUGGUGGUCCUGAUGCUGUUUGGGAUGUACCAGGUCCUGGAGACAAGGACGAAAAAGAGACUCCCAGUGAAAAUAGAGAAGGGCACAAGUGGGAUAAGUGAUGUGGACAUCAGCUGGAUCCCUCAGGAGACUCUCAAUGCCAUGAGCAAGGCUUCCCCUAAAGCGUCUCCACGGAAACGAACCAACAGAGCAGCCGGAGCAGAUCAAUAAGAACUGCCCAUUUCCAUCCGUCAUCAUUUUGUCCAUCAGGCUUUUAAAGCUCAUUUCCUCACCACACUAACCUGAUUGCCAUUCACAAAGGACCAACAUUUCUGGAAUAUGGUUUCUGUUCUGAGCAGAAAUGUUUGAUUGGGUCUCAGUCUGCUUCUCUGCUGGAAUGACUAGAGAGCAUCCUGAACGCUGCUGCUCCGAUCAGAGCAUCGAACACUUGGACACUAAAAGGACAGAACUGCAGUUCAUUUAAAGGGACUGUUUUUUAUCAGUAUGUGUGUGUGUGUGUGUUUGAAAAAAGAUAGAUGACAAGCCUAGCUAGUUUUUAAGUGGAAAUCUAAAGGGAAUAUGGUUCAGAUUUCUCCCCAGUGAUGAGCAUUUUAUGACUUCUAACAAUUUAUAUUUAAUCUGUUGAUAAUAUCAUUCCCCUCUUUUUAAUCAGGAAAACACCACUGUGCCUUGUUUAAACUCUAAUUGCGAUGCCCUGCAAAGAAAUUAUGCCAAAGAGACGCAAUUGAUUAAAAACAAUUCCAACUCUUAUUCCUUCUGUUGUAGAAACUGGUCACUAUAGUCUGAGUUUUGUAUUUAAAUGUUGUUUUCAGUGGGUUAAUGGCAGCUGCAAAUACAACAAUCAUUCAAACAGUAUUUUUGGAGGUUUCUGCUGGUCAAUAGACCAGUUUUAUCACCUGUAAGAGGUUCAGGAGAGAAUUAGGUGUCAAUGAUGCAAUUUUGGUUGCAUUAUAUUGUUUUUGAUAAAACACCUUGAAAAGCAAUAAAAGGGUGGAAAAAUA